GUUGAGUUGGCAAGUGGAAAUAAACUCCAGGAAGUUGUGCCGUGAUAUAAGAAUCAAUUUGUACCAAAUUAUUCAUUCACUGCUCAAAAAUUGGACUAGAAAGAUCUUCGCAAAAGAUACACAAGGAAGAUAUCCUGACAGCCAUGACUACUUCAGAAAGAAGAGGACACUCCAAAACUGCCGUUCAUUUGUGGGAAUUCCUGCUUGAUUUACUGGCAGAUGAAAACUGUUCCUCCAUGAUAGGAUGGACCAACAGAGAAGGAGGGGAAUUCAAGUUAAAGAAUCAGGAAGAAGUGGCUAAAAGAUGGGGAGACUUGAAGAGAAGACCAGGGAUGAACUACGAUAAACUGAGUCGGGCUUUAAGAUAUUAUUAUCAGAAAGGAAUUAUCAAAAAGGUCAAUGGGCAAAGACUUGCUUAUAGAUUUGUCAACCCACCUGUGACAGACAAGCCUACGAGAACACUGUGUACGCAUGCGUCACUGACAAAGGCAGUAGAAAAACCUGUUAAAACAGAAAAUCAAAUGUGCACCAGAAACACAAGCCCAGAGGGAGUUGGACAGAAUACGUUCCAUUAUGCCAUCAAUCCAGUCCAAAACCGAUUCUCAUUCCCCACCUUACCAACCUUACCAAGCACAACACUGGGGCUACAGUUUAUUCAGUCUCCACUGCGCAUGUCACACCAUAAUCACGUGACCUACCCUACGUAUCAAUACGUCAUACCCUUUAUGCAUCCGUCUGUCUGUCCUUGUCAUUAGACGCCACAUCGAUCAGCAGUCAGAGAUAACAAGAUGGAAAAAUGUUUGGAAAAUAAUUUGGGUAUGAACCGCAAUUUGUAACGUUAUUCAAACCUCUCCCCGCGGGGAAACCUUUUCUUACCAAGAGGGGAGGGGUGAAAUGCUGUUCUACUUAGAUCCUAGAUCUUCCCUAACUAGGGAGUAGGGGUAGGUGUGAGCCACACGAAGUUAUUAAAUUAUGAUUAAUGCUGCCCAGCCCUACCCCUGUGGGGAAUUCUUUCCCGCCUACGUCACAGGGAGGGAGUAAGCAGCACCGGCCGAGUUUGAGCCACAAAUUUUAAAAUAUUAAGAAUACCAAUCGAAAAUGACAAACGUGUAUUAUAUUGCCCUAAUCUGAAUUGACUGGUCUUUCAGUCAUGGUCGGAUCAAUACACUGUUAAUACGAUCCGACCAUCACUGUCCGACCUUUCUUUGUUACUGUUUAUUGUACAUAUAUUUGUAAACAUAAUGUCAACUUGACUAAUAGUUGUAAAUACACCAAUGCGAUAGUAUAGACCAAGUGAUUAAUAAAGUGCUAAGGUAAUCCAUGACCAUCAUUCAGUACACUUCUAGAGCGAAGGCAUUUAACCUGUGAAAUAAAAAAUAUAAGUCAA